AUGGGGUUUCCCGAGAGUGACGAUGUUGACCUUCAUGAAUUUGGGUGCAACUCGUCCGACAUACCAUACAUGUCCCCCUCCCUCGCCUCCGACCGUGAUGGAUUUUUACUAGAGCCAACUACCGAGGACCAGCCUGUUGGGUCUAUCGCUCCGACACCACUUCCGAUCGAGUGUAUUCUCUUUCCUGACCCCCAGAAUCUUCAAGCGGGCUUCAUGUGGCCGGGUCCAGAUCCUCUAUCGCACACCACUGAAACCGACGACAUAUUGCUCUAUAUGUCGGCAUUUGUUCCGGCCAGACUACUGCAUUGGGUGGUGAUUCAUCUUACAGGGCUAGAUCGGAUCACGGGCGACACAAUUGAGGAGCAUUUGUUCCAUCUGUCUCCGACCAAAUCUGCCAGAGGUGAUCUUUGCUGGGUGCGCAGACAGAUGCUGAGCAUCAUCUCUGGGCCUAUGGAUGACGAGCCGAGACUCUUCUUCCGAUUGUUUUUACGGCCGGGUACGGAACCACUUACGUAUACACCGGACACGGCCCUGCCUUCACAGGCAAAUCUUCCCUCAGCGACAUGCCUGAAUCCAGAUCUCUUUGUACAUAGCUUGAUAGAGAAUUACAGGUGA